GGUGCUUUCACUGUGCACCACAUGUGUUGGAUCGCUAGUGCCUGGCACCAUGUGUACAUGGGUUAACUAGCAUACAUCUUUUUACUUCGUUUAUUUACUCUUGUAUUCAUAACUAUCAUUUUUGUCAAGAUGCUAGUUGGCAAAGACGUACCGUGGAGGCGCCUUGAAGGCGUGUCAUUUGGCAUGUACUCGUCUGAAGAAAUAAGGAAGUUGAGUGUGAAGGCGAUAACUAACCCGAGAUUUCUGGACAAUGUUGGAAACCCUGCGUCUAAUGGCCUGUACGACCUCUCGCUUGGGCCGUCCGACACCAAAGAAGUUUGCACCACCUGCAUGCAGGGCUUUAACAACUGCCCCGGACACCUCGGACACAUAGAACUGCCGCUCCCUGUCUACAACCCGCUCCUCUUUGAUAAACUCUACCUGCUGAUUCGUGGCUCCUGCAUGAGAUGCCAGAUGCUGAGCUGCCCCCGUUCUGCCAUCCACCUCUUACUCCAGCAGCUGCGGGUGCUGGAGGUGGGGGCCCUCGAAGCCGUUUAUGAGCUAGAGGCAGAGCUCAAUCGGUACUUGGAGGGGAAUGUGAAGGCCACGGGUGUAGAGAUCCAGGAGGUGCUGGAGGACUAUACUGUCGCCUUUCUCAGGAAAUGGAAGGACAGAGAGUCCGCUGUCCCGGUCAAGCGUGUCUGUCAGUGUAAAAAUCAGCUCGUUCAAACGUUUUGGAGGGAAAAUAUGAUGCCUAGGAAGUGUCCAAACUGCAAGGCUGGCCGACCGCAAGUACGCAAGGAACACAACAGCAAGCUAAUUGUUACUCUGCCCGCAUCAAAGAUCAAGGAAACUGAGGAGAAAGGAAACGUCGUCGAUGGAUCUCAGCUUGGGAAGAGAGGCUACCUGACGCCGAGCACGGCCAAGGAGCACGUGGCCGGUCUCUGGAAGAAUGAAGGCUUCUUCCUGAAGCACCUCUUCUCAGGACUGGACGUCUCUGAGGGCUCCAAUGCAGACAUCAGCCAGGAGAUCUUCUUUCUGGAGCUGAUGGUGGUGCCCCCGUCGAGAUAUCGGCCAGUCAAUUGCCUGGGGGACCAGAUGUUCACCAAUGGACAAACAGUCAAUAUGCAGGCUGUGAUGAAGGACAGCGUGGUCAUCCAGAAGCUGCUGGCUCUUAUGGCCAAUGAUAAGGCCCGACAACUGGAGUCUGAAGAAGCAGAAGUGAAUAAGUCUGAUCAGAGCUUCCUGGCGGGUGUUCCGGGGGUGACCCUCACCGAUAAGCUGUACAACAUGUGGAUCCGCUUACAGAGUCACGUCAACAUUGUGUUCGACAGUGACAUGGACAAGCUGAUAACUGAGAAAUUUCCUGGAAUCCGUCAGAUCUUGGAGAAAAAGGACGGUCUUUUCCGGAAGCACAUGAUGGGCAAGCGUGUGGAUUAUGCUGCCCGCUCUGUCAUUUGCCCUGACAUGUACAUUGGCACCAAUGAGAUCGGAAUACCCAUGGUCUUUGCCACCAAGCUGACCUACCCCCAGCCAGUGACACCGUGGAACGUGAAGGAGUUGCGGCAGGCAGUGAUGAACGGGCCCAACGUGCACCCGGGCGCCUCCACCGUCAUCAAUGAGGACGGCACACGCACCAUGCUGAGCCCCACCAACCGCACACAGCGGGAGGCCAUCGCCAAGCAGCUGCUCACGCCCGCGCCUGGCCCGCACCGCAUGCCCAUGAAGAUUGUGAACCGGCACAUCAAGAACGGUGACGUGCUGCUUCUGAACCGGCAGCCCACGCUGCACCGGCCGUCCAUCCAAGCCCACUGUGCCCGAAUCCUGCCUGCCGAGAAGGUGCUGCGGCUGCACUAUGCCAACUGCAAGGCCUACAACGCCGACUUUGACGGCGAUGAGAUGAACGCCCACUUCCCCCAAAGUGAGCUCGGCCGGGCGGAGGCCUACACCCUGGUCAGCACCACUCAGCAGUACCUGGUACCAAAGGAUGGGAAGCCUCUGGCCGGGCUAAUUCAGGACCACAUGGUAUCCGGUACCAGCAUGACUAUCCGAGGCUGCUUCUUCACCCGAGAGCAGUACAUGGAGCUGGUGUACCGGGGUCUGACGGACAGGAGGGGCAGAGUGAAGCUCCAGCCGCCGGCUGUGCUGAAACCCUACCCUCUCUGGACAGGAAAACAGGUGGUUUCCACCCUGCUGUUAAAUGUAAUUCCAGAAAAUGAAAUCCCCCUAAACCUGACAGGGAAGUCGAAAAUACCCAGCAAGGCGUGGGUGAAGGACUCGCUGAGAGCCGUUCCCGGAUACAACCCUGAGGACAUGUGUGAGUCGCAGGUCGUUAUCCGGCAGGGCGAGCUUCUGGUGGGGGUGCUAGACAAGGCCCACUACGGCAGCUCUGCCUAUGGUCUGGUGCACUGCUGCCAUGAGCUGUAUGGAGGCCACACCAGCGGACACCUCCUCAGCUGCUUGGCCCGGCUCUUCACAGCGUACCUGCAACUGUACCGCGGCUUCACCUUGGGUGUGGAAGACAUUUUAGUUAAACCUGGAGCUAAUAAGAAGAGAAAGAAGAUCAUUAAUGAGUCAGUCAAGUGUGGAAUUAAGGCUCUGCAAGCCGCCUUCGGUCUCUCUGCGUCAGCUGAGGUCAGUGAGGCCAGAAGCCGCUGGCAGGACGCCCACCUCAGCACCGACCAGAGGGACCAGCACAUGGUCGACCUUAAGUUUAAGGAGGAGGUUAACCUCGUCAACAACAACAUCAAUAAGGUCUGCAUGCCUCUAGGGCUCCAUCGCCGCUUCCCAGACAACAACCUUCAGCUUAUGGUGCAGUCUGGAGCAAAGGGUUCCACUGUAAACACUAUGCAGAUUUCCUGCCUGCUGGGGCAGAUUGAGCUGGAAGGAAGACGCCCUCCUUUGAUGCCCUCUGGGAAAUCCCUGCCAUGCUUCCAGGCCUAUGACGCGUCGCCUCGCUCGGGGGGCUUUGUUUCCGGCAGGUUUCUCACCGGCAUCAGCCCUCCGGAAUUUUUCUUCCAUUGCAUGGCCGGUCGCGAAGGGCUUGUAGACACGGCUGUGAAGACGAGUCGCUCGGGAUAUCUUCAGAGAUGUGUCAUUAAGCACCUGGAGGGCCUGGUGGUGCAGUACGACUUGACGGUGCGGGAUAGUGAUGGCAGUGUGGUGCAGUUCCUCUAUGGGGAGGAUGGCCUGGACAUCCCCAAGACCCAGUUCCUGCAGCGUCGUCAACUGCCCUUCGUCAGGGACAACUGUGAGGUCAUCAGGAAGUCUAAGUGCUUGGAUGAAGUGCUAUCCAAGAUGGAUCCUCAGGUGGUAGAAAGCCAUUUCAGAGCCAUCGAGAGAUGGAAGGCUAAACAGCAAAUGGCCUCGGCCCGACAAGGGGCCUUCCUGCUCUUCUCACAGAAGAAACUGGCUAAGCUGAAGUCCCAGAACCCGCCCGGAGGUCUACAAGACGGGCGAGAUGGCUGCAGUCUCCAGCUGAUGGAGAGAUGGCAGUCGCUGGAUGACACUAGCCGACGGAAGUAUACAAAGAAGGCCCAGCGCUGCCCCGAGCCGUGCCUGUCCAUCUUCCGGCCUGACAUAUGCUUCGGAUCCGUCUCCGAGACCUUCCAUGAUGUCGUAGAGGAGUACCUUGAUGAAUGUCAAGCUCGAAUGGGCACAGCGACACACAUUGAGAACACAGAUAUGGACAGGCUGAGAUCCCUGCUCCAGCUGAAGUGGCAGAGGGCCCUGUGUGACCCCGGUGAGGCUGUCGGCCUCCUUGCCGCCCAGAGCAUCGGGGAGCCCUCCACGCAGAUGACCCUCAACACCUUCCACUUUGCUGGAAGGGGAGAGAUGAACGUCACGCUGGGGAUCCCCAGGCUGAGGGAAAUCCUCUUGAUCGCAAGCUCAAACAUCAAGACUCCCAUGAUGAGCAUCCCCGUGAUGAACUCCAGAAGAGCGUUGAAAAAGGCGAAAAAUCUGAAGAAGAAGCUGACCCGAGUGUGUUUGGCAGAGGUCCUGCACAAGGUGGAAGUGGAGGAGACAAUCCGGGUGGAGGGUAAGCUAAAGAAGAACAAUGUCUUCAAAAUCACUUUCCACUUCCUACCUCCUGAGUGCUACAAACAGGAAAAGCAGCUCACGCCCCAGCAAAUUCUACAAUAUAUGGAAACAAGAUUUCUGCAACUCCUGCUUCUGGCCAUAAAAAAACGCAGCUCCAAGCUGGCAUCUAUAAACCGCGUGGAUGCACGUAAAGCCACCCAGAAGGACGCUGACCAGGAAGCUGAGGAGGGCGGUGGGACUCAGGAUGGCGGAGACACUGAGAUGGAAGACAUCGGUAAUGCAGCGGAUGCAGAGGCUGAUGAGGGGGAUGCUGACGCUACGGAUGCCAAGAGGAGAGAAAAACAAUCAGAGGAGGUGGAUUAUGAAAGUGAGGGGGAGGAAAAUGAUGGAGACUUGUUUGAGGAAAAAGAGGAAUCAACCCCCAAUGCAGAAGAGAAUGAUGAUGAUGAGCAGCUCCCGGGGAGUCCAGCUGCCACUCCAAACCCGACCCAGCCGGAGGACCAGAACCAGCUCCGGGUGAACAGGGUGCUGGAUCUUAGCACUGCCAUUGAAAGUUACAGAUAUGACAGUCAAAGUGACCUCUGGUGUGAGGUCACGCUGGCCUUACCUCUCAGCAAUGUACGCCUCGACUUGACUUCGCUGGUGGCAUCUCAUGCCCAGAGUGCCAUCGUGCAUGAGAUCAAAGGUAUUUCCCGCUGCCUGCUCAGCGAGGUCACCAGUCAGCAUGGCGAGAAACAACAGUUGCUUAACACAGAAGGCAUCAACCUGCAGGAGGUCAUCAAGUAUGGUGACAUUCUUGACUUGAACCGGCUGUAUUCCAAUGAGAUCCAUGCCAUGGCAAACACAUAUGGCAUUGAAGUGGCAGUCAGGGUCAUUGAGAAGGAAAUCAAGGAUGUCUUUGCUGUCUACGGCAUUGAAGUUGACCCCCGCCACCUGUCCCUGGUGGCUGAUUACAUGUGCUUUGAAGGCGAGUACAAGCCACUAAACCGCUUCGCCAUUGAGUCCAGCUCCUCUCCACUGCAGCAGAUGACCUUCGAGACCAGCUACAAGUUCCUGAAGCAGGCCACCAUGAUGGGAUCCCAAGACAAGUUAUGCUCUCCUUCUGCCUGUCUAGUGGUCGGUAAGGUCGUCAAAGGUGGAACAGGACUUUUUGAUCUGAAGCAACCUCUGCAAUAGUCUGCUCUUCCUUGCCAGUGAGGUCCAAGGACAGGAACAGGCAAAAUACAAACCUUGAUUUGAAACAGCAAAAACUGAGAAAAUCAUGUAUGAAAAAUAUUGACAGCACCAUAUUUAAGUACCUGUGAAGGAUACAUUAGUACGCAUUGCUGGUAUUUUUUUACAUUUCUCUUGAAGAUCAAGGAUAAUGCUGCUGGUUUCUAAAUAACGCAGCUACCAAGUGUUUGUCAUCCUUAACCAUGUAAUAUAUGAACAUAAAUCCUAUGUGACAUUUGUUGGGGAAAAAUUCAUUAAAAUGUAAACCAUU